GAUGAAGCAACGCGACGAUAUUGUACUGUUAGAAUUAAUACGAAAAGAAGCGAUAGCUCAAUUCGUUGAUGAGCGCGUAGAAUUAAGAAAAACAGCGAAAGAAAAUUUGUUAAAGGUACAGGAAGAGAAUCGGCGUAAUUAUAAUCGUAGAUGUAAGAAAGCGACUGUGUAUCAGGAAGGCGAUCUAGUUGCGAUAAAGCGUACUCAAUUUGGAACCGGAUUAAAAAUUCAGAAGAAAUAUUUAGGACCGUAUAAAGUGUCUAGUUUUAAGGGAAAUAAUCGGUAUGAAGUGAUUCGUGUUGGCAAAGGUGAAGGACCGAGCAUUACCACAACCGCGGCAGACUAUAUGAAACCGUUUAAAGAAUUCUCUUCGGAGACCGAAGAAUUUGCAGGUAUGGCCGAGUGUGGGGAGUGAAGCGUGCGACACGUGUAAUGGAAAAAUUAUGUUAAGACAAAAUACGAUCGACGGGAGAAAGAACGCCGAACAGGGCGCGUAGCACGGACAGUCUUUGU